CCUUGGUGACCCCGGGCCGUUCGGCCCCGCCUCCCCGGGCCUAGGUCAGACUCCACCCCUCGGCCGUGCGUCCCCACGGGGCAGUCUUUUUUCCGGAGGGAGCGCCGGAGUAGAUGCCAAGAUCCGCAGGGCCUCUUCUUUGACCCUUUUCACAACCAUUAAAAAAAAAAAAAAGUCCCAAGCUCGUUUGGCCUGUGGGCUUUCCCUUCCCUGAUGGGCUUCCGGCACCUUCCCUUCGCCACUGAUUUUAUUUUUCUGUUUCCAAAUCACAUCUGCCCGCCUGCCUUGACGAAGCUGUGUCAGAGGCGGGAAAUCUCCUCUUGGCUGGCUCGAUGGUUCCCCAGAGACCCAGCCAAGCCAGUGGUGGCACAGAAAACACCCAUCAGAUUGGAGCUGGUUGCCGGGAAAACCUACAGGUGGUGUGUAUGUGGCCGAAGCAAGAAUCAGCCCUUCUGUGAUGGCUCCCACUUCUUCCAGCGUACCGGCCUUUCCCCACUCAAAUUCAAGGUCCAAGAGACACACACAGUGGCCUUAUGUACCUGCAAGGCCACGAAGCGACCCCCUUACUGUGACGGUACCCACAAGAGUGAGCAGGUGCAGAAAGCAGAAGUAGGCUCCCCACUCUGAGGGGUACUGUGACCCCAGGCCUCUUCCAGGCUUCCCUUCCACGAAGGCAAUGAUGCCGAACCACACACGGAAGGUAGCGUCCACAUUCUUCUUGUUAGCAAUUGUACCCUGAAAAACCUGUAUUCUCCGGCUGGGCAGCUGAGAGCAGGCCCUGGUUCAGCUAAAGCUAAAGCUGUCAUUAAACACUGAGGCCCACCCUCUAA